AUGUCCGGUUAUAACCCAGAUCUUCCGAGGUCAACUGUUCUUCCUGGCUCGCCGUUGCUGAACCAGGACUGCACCUUUAAUGAUUUCGCUCGAGACAUUGGAUUCUGCAGGAAAGAGAUGUUAUUCAAUCUGCAGAACGCUAACUUGACGAACCCAAUCCAUCCUUGCUUUCAAGCGACGAGAUUCGCCAGCACUAUCAGAUAUCAGGAUCUCGACCAGGCCCUUCGACUUGCUUCGCAUUUCCUCGCAGUUCUGCUGCCGGAAUUCUACACAAUCCUCUGCGCUCAGCGGAGGAGACAUCGGAAGACGGGGAAAGACGGGCAGCCGAUAGAACUCUUUGCUGAGCCUCCGAAACAACUGACCGCAGAGCAGGACUUCGCAGUGCAGGAGCAACUUCAUCUUCUGGCCGGUAGUGUAGACUACGUACUCGAUACCUCCCAGGAUCCGUCGAACACGGUCUCGGCGACUUGUUGUGAGGCCCCGGACAAGGACCUCCCGUCUCGUGUCAUGCGGCGUGGUAUGUGCAGUACCAUCCAGAUAAACCAUGCUUGUUAUACACGACUCGCGUAUUCAUACUACGAACGAAAGAAUGAUAUGGUCAGGUACAACUACUACUGUCUAGAACUGGCCUCCUCACUGGUACACGAACUGGCACACGCAGCGACUAAUUUACGCUGUGAUCAGUAUCAAAGAAAACCUCACUACUUCCUAGGGCAUACUGCUAAAACUUCCGAGGAAGGAUUCGAGGUAGAGUCAAAGCUCUUUGGCGGUAUCCUCAUUGGAAGAGGUGCCUAUGAAUACAGCAACAGCUACAUCUACCCCGAUGGCCGACACAGCGAAGUCACCUGGCCGAUAGUCUUGACGAAUUGGCCAGAUGCUUGCAACACGCUCCCAGCCUACACUGUUACCACUGUAGAAGACUUGAUUGACACAUCGGAGAUGAGUGCAGAGGAGAUAGAGCAAAACAAAAACGAGGUCGCAGAAGCCUUUGCUGUUUGGUACGCUGCCAAAGGCAGGGAGAAGAUACCACCUGAAGUGAUUGUCUUGGAGGUCCUUCCGGCAUAUGCCAUACAAUGGAACACCGACUUCCUUCACUGGCAUCAGAUGUUCCAGGACAGCUUCUGGGACGUCAAGGUCAAGACGUUUGGACGUGAAGCUGCCCUGUGGCCGGCGCGGGAGAGAGGCAUACGCUGGCAACUCAGGCCGGUGCAGACACGAAUCGUGACGGAUCCUAGCAAUCUUGCCGGGGUGCCUGAGACUCAUUACGUCCAGUUCACUGGGCUUGUCCGCCGGAAGGGCAAUGAAGUCGCAGAUUUGGAUGAUCUGCAUCGAUAUCAUUUCGAGCCUGAUUCAUCUAGUAACACUCAAUUUCAGCAGUGUUAG